UCAUCCCCAGAUGCUUCGGUGGGACUGUAAUGGCCGGAGAGAUGACCAUCUUAGGCUCAGCUGUUUUGACUCUCUUGUUGGCUGGCUAUUUGGCACAACAGUAUUUGCCCUUGCCAACUCCAAAGGUGAUUGGCAUUGACCUUGGUACAACUUACUGUUCUGUUGGAGUGUUUUUUCCUGGUACAGGAAAAGUGAAGGUCAUUUCAGAUAAAAAUGGGCAUAACAGCAUACCCAGUAUGGUAUCCUUUACUGACAACGAUGUAUAUGUGGGCUAUGAAAGCUUAGAGCUGGCAGAUUCAAACCCUCAGAACACAAUAUAUGACGCCAAAAGAUUCAUAGGCAAGAUUUUCACCCCAGAAGAGCUAGAGGCGGAAGUUGGCAGAUACCCAUUUAAGGUUUUAAAUAAAAAUGGAAUGGUUGAGUUUUCUGUGACAAGUAAUGAGACGAUCACCGUCUCCCCUGAGUAUGUCGGGUCUCGGUUAUUGUUGAAGUUAAAGGAAAUGGCAGAGGAAUAUCUAGGCAUGCCAGUUGCCAAUGCUGUCAUUUCUGUACCAGCAGAAUUUGAUCUGCAGCAGAGAAAUUCAACAGUUGAAGCUGCUAACCUUGCAGGACUGAAGAUCUUGAGGGUCAUCAAUGAACCCACAGCCGCGGCUAUGGCCUACGGUCUGCACAAGGCUGAUGUCUUUCACGUCUUGGUAAUAGAUUUGGGUGGAGGAACACUAGACGUGUCGUUGCUGAAUAAACAAGGAGGAAUGUUUCUAACCCGAGCAAUGUCUGGAAACAACAAACUUGGAGGACAGGACUUCAAUCAGAGGUUGCUUCAGUACUUAUAUAAACAGAUCUAUCAGACGUACGGCUUCCUUCCCUCCAGGAAAGAGGAAAUCCACAGAUUAAGACAAGCUGUGGAGAUGGUUAAAUUAAACCUCACGCUUCACCAGUCGGCACAGAUAUCAGCAUUACUUACAGUAGAGGAAAAGGGCAGGCAGGAACCCCAAAGUAGUAAGAUCGAAUUGCCAAAGGACACCCUUUCCCCAGCAGGUGGCCACCAUGAGGACAAUGUGGUUUCAGCUGGUCUUUCUGCAAAGAAAAAUGGAGAAAAUCAGGUGUUGUUUGAAACAGAAAUCUCUCGGAAGCUUUUUGAUACCCUUAAUGAAGAUCUCUUCCAGAAAAUGUUGGUGCCCAUUCAACAGGUAUUAAAAGACGGCCACCUGGAAAAGACUGAGAUUGAUGAAGUCGUUUUAGUUGGGGGCUCUACUCGUAUUCCUCGAAUCCGACAGGUCAUUCAGGAGUUCUUUGGGAAGGACCCCAACACAUCUGUGGACCCUGACCUAGCAGUGGUCACAGGAGUGGCUAUCCAGGCAGGAAUUGAUGGCGGCUCAUGGCCUCUCCAAGUGAGUGCUUUAGAAAUCCCUAAUAAGCACUUACAAAAAACCAACUUCAACUGAAUGAUAUGGGGGAUUAGUGAUUAUUUGGGUUAUUGUGACCUCUCCCCUUUUGUCAGAUCACCUCCAUCUAAGAUUAUCUUUCAGAGUGACCAAGAAGACAACAUUUAGAUACUUGAACAUUUUAGAUAGCAUUUUGUUUAGGAUCAGAUGUGAGCAGCCUAGCCUUUCCAUGGUUUUGGUCACAUCCCGUAUGAUAGAAAAAAAUGACAUAAACUCUGAAGAGCGUGAGUGGCUGCUUUUUUUUUUAUUAUUCUCGAAGGAAAUCUUAAAAUUAGAUUCUGUAGAAAUGAAAUAAUGCCAAUUACAAGAUUUCCAGUUCUUACUAAAUGAUAUUAGCAGGAACUGGUGAUUUCUUUACCUGGUUCUCAUGUGCAACUCUGAAUCUGCCCUAUCCUGGAAAGAGUGUUCAUGUCAGCUAGUUGCAUUGUCCUGGAGAUAACAUCCACCUGCGUAUCUCCUGUCAACUACAUUGUUUCACAAAUUUAACAAUCCGGUGUUGUUUUCAUCUUAAAUAGUCUUUAUUUUUCAGAUUUGCUGAAAAUGUCACACCAUCUUUCUAAAUGAGCUAUAGGUUUCUGUACAUGUUUCCAUAGCGGAUAGUAGAAACAGAAUGAGACUUACUCUCUCAUUCUGCAGUCUGGGCGUCAUUCUCUGCUUGCAUUUCCAGGAUGCAGAUUGCAGAGCUGCAGGAGUAGACGAGCACAGACCCUGGCGAUGAGCUACUGCAUUUGUUUGUUUGUUUGUAUUAGUUUCUUUGGUUAUAGGCCAUGCAGAUUUAAUCUGGCAUUGGGAUGAUAGUGGUACUUGGGUCACGUGUGCUGAAACUUACACCCUUAUUUUUGAAUCGAGACAAGGUGCUCAGUUUUAAAAGGCCUGUCAUUGUUUCCUGUUGUAAUUUAAAAAGUCUUAUUUGGACUAUUCACCCUUGAAGUUGGUGUGUAAUUAGAGUUUAAAAAAAAUUAGAAGCAUUGUGGAAACCAAAUGAAAUGCCGGCAUUUGUAACAGUCUCCCCACCCCCACCCCACCCCUGUGGGGGGAGGGGUUAGGGGGCAGGGAUAUAUAUUUGUGUGUUGUGUGUGUAUAAAUCAGUGUUACUUCUGUGAUGUCCAUGUUAAGAUAUAUAAGUAAACAUCAAAAUAUUUGUCGAAGAUGGAAUGAAAAGAUAAUGGAGGGUAUGGAUAGUUAGUUAAAAGACAGAAACCACACCCAUGGCAAUGUCCUCCCUUUUGUGAGCUUAGCUUCCCCACUGAGCAUCGGUAGAAGCAAGAAGACCUGCUUUUCAGACAUUUUUUACUUUUGAAUUUGGCAUGCCCUCCAGUUUGGGGGAUUUGAUUGUAACCUAUCACUUGAGCUGAUUCCACCAUCUUCUGCAGCUUUAUAGAUGAGGAGAGCCUCCAGACAGAUAGGUGAACUUCAGAUGAUAGAUGAACUUCAGAUUUGGCACCAAACAGCGCUCACAACCCUGUGAGCUGGUUCUUUAACAUUUCAUGAGUACCUUGAGACUACUCAGUGACUCGCUGAGUCCAGGGAUGGAGGGGGGUAAACGAAGGGGAAGAGUGGUGUGGUUAACAUCAGGGACAAUCGAGAGGUAAAAGUACAUUUUGGAAAAGUUGGACAUUUUAGACAUCUUUAAUUUCCACCAACUUGUCUAGAUAAAUACCAUAUUUUGUCAUAGAACAACUGAAUUGAAUGUAAGUCAAUUCAUGUGGUAUUGGUAAAUUCAUUUAUAAAAAGUAAUUGUGAUGUUUCAUUAUUGACAAGAAUAAAACUAUUCUCCAGCCAACUUUUGCCAUUAUCAAUGAUUAAAACACAAAUGUUUUCAAAAGAUAAUGGACUUCUUCCACGAACUUUUGAAGCCGUGUGUGUGUGUGUGUGUGUGUGUGUGUGUGUGUGUGUGUGUGUCUGUGUGUGUGUUAGAAACUUGCUACUAAUAUCUUCAAAAUUAUACCCUGGUGAUCAACAUCUUUGUUAAUGGAAAAUAUUUAUCCUGUACCCAUUGUUGGAUUUGAAAAGAUGGUUGAAUUUUCAAUCAAUGAAAAAUAAUUAAAUUCCAAUAAGAGAAAACAUUGUAGUAUUUUGUAGGAAAAGCUAAAUGCUGUUAAUAAUAUUUCCUCUCUCACUGCCAUGGAGUCAGUACUGAUCCCAGUGGCGCCCUGUGGGUCUCCACCACUGUAACUGUUUACACUAGUAGAAAGCCAGUCUUUCUCAGUCAGAACUGCUGGUGGUUUUGAAAUAUGAAAAACAGUAUUUCUUGGCAACGAUUUGGUGUUGAAGCAAAUUUCAAUCAAAUACUUGCGUGUACAGAAUGUCAGUAGUAGGUAGUAUAGUAUAAUUUAUUGAAAUAUUUUAGACAUAAUGGAGAUGCCAAAGGUGAAUGUUUCACUGCAUUAUGAAAAUAACCCGUGUUCUCUUUGACUUUAUUCAAAUCUUUAUUAGAUUUUAGAAUUGCAAAAGGAAUGUGUAAAGAUCUUUGUUGAAAUGUACUCAGUUUAUCUCAAUCUGUUUGUGUUACCAAUUUUAAUCCAAAACAUUCUAAGGUUAGGAAAAAAAAUAUGCUUUCUCAAAUCCUUAUGAUGAAGACAAUAGUUGUAAAGGAAACAGUUUGAAAUAUAGCUAACCUCAUACUAAAAUUGGAAUUUAAAUAAUUUGACAAAUAUGCAGUGGCACGGUUGCAAUUUGGGGUCAAUAGUUUAACAUAUUCUCUACUAUACUUUAAAAGAUAGAAGAAUGUCUGUUUUCAAUCAUUUUAGGAAUUAUACAUAAAUAGCCUUGAAAUCAAUGUGCUUUAUUUAUUUAAAAUAACACAUCCUGAAGGGGAUCAUUUAUGCAGAACUAUCUGAAGACAUUUUCCACAAAGCAAACAGAAUACACUUUUGUGUACAGCUAGCAUUUUUUGAAAUACAUUUAAACAUAUUGUCUUGUAUGAUGAGAAAAUGUGAGUGACUAAUUUGGUAUCAGGAUUGUUUCGGUACUGUGUUUUCACUUCAACCACUGACAUAACAGAUACUACUCUGUUUAAUGUGUACUGAAGAUCAGUUAUUGUGCGUAGCGAUUGUACCUCUUGAAUUUGUGCAUAGGUGAUUCACAUUUUAAUGUAAAUAAAUAUCAUUUUGCAUUUUUUUAAA